AUGUGUGUGUGUGUGUGUGUGUGUGUGUGUGUGUGUGUGUGUGUGUGUGUGUGUGUGUGUGUGUGUGUUUUAGACGAGCAGAGACGUUGGUCGAUCCCCUCUCUUUCUUUGCUCUCUUUCUUUGGCGGUGGGCGGAUCCGUGGUGCUUGUUUGUUCGAGCGACAGCCAAUCAAACCCGCUGCGACCCGCAACGUCGCUGUCAUAGCGCACGUCGAUCACGGCAAGACUACGCUGUGUGACUCGCUCCUUGCUCGUGCGCAAGUCCUCAAUCAAGCCAAGGCUGGAAAGUCUUUGGCGCUGGACACGGGCGAGGAAGAAAAGGCGCGCGGCAUCACCAUCACCUCCACCGGCAUUCGCCUGGUCUUCGAUGGGAUCGAGCCGCGCUCAGGCUUGCCAGCUAGCAACAAGUUGGGGCCAUUGGUUGUCGAAUCAGACACCCUCUACCUCGGCAAUCUCCCAGUUCCGGGACGCUCCAAGGACUUUGAGGAUGAAGCAGCCCUGGACCAUGCGCUGCGCCAGCUGAUUUGCGCUGGCCAGCCAAUGGACAAAGCCCAGCUUCAAGCCUUGGAGCUGCGCCCCAAGCGCGGUUUUGCCCUGGCGCGCUUCGCCUCCCCCGAGGCUGCCGGCCAAGCCUUGAGGCGUCUGCAGGAUGUACCAGACUUUGGUGGCCGUGUUUUGGUCGUUGAGCCUCAAGCUGCAGGCCCUGAGCAGCAGUUGUUUGGCUUUCUCGAGGAGCACCAACUAGCCCCAGCCACUUUUGAACUGCAAGAGGACGCCAACGCACCUGGCCAAUUCAAGUGCACCGCGCGCAUACCCGACGUCCUUUCCACAACCACCGAGUCUUACCACCCCAGCCGCAAGGCAGCUCGCCGAGCCGUGGCCUCGGCUGCUCUCUCUGCUCUGCAAAGCAAUGAGGAAGCACCUUCGAAGCUUGUGGUCAACUUGAUCGACUGCCCCGGUCAUGUAGACUUUAGCGGCGAGGUGACAGCCAGCCUCCGCUUGGCUGAUGGGGCGCUGGUUGUCGUGGACGCUAUCGAAGGGGUGGGCGUGCAGACUGAAACGGUCCUGCGCCAAGCCUUGGCGGAAGGCGUGCGUCCUGUGCUCGUUUUGAACAAGGUGGACCGCUGCAUCACCGAGCUGCAAUACGACCCCGAGACCAGCUACCUGCGCUUCGAGGCCACCAUCGCGCACGUCAAUGACUUGAUCGCGCAAUAUCAACCCGAGGGCGCAGACUUUGCCGUGUCCCCGGCCGACGGCUCUGUGGCCUUUGCCUCUGGUCUGCACGGUUGGGGCUUCACUUUGCCCCAGAUGGCAGCUCGCCUUCUUGCCAAGCAGCGUCCUGAUUACACGCCGAGUCGAGGAGAAGUGAUCAAAGUAGCCCGCAGACUGUGGGGCUCUUAUUACGUGGAUCCUGUCUCUGGCAAGUGGAAGCGUGAUUGCCCGCAGGACCCAAGCACGGGCCAGCCUUGGUCGCGAACUUUCUGCCACGUCGUGCUGCAACCCAUCUAUCGCGUCUUUGAGCUGCAAGCCAACGAUGAUCGCGAGGGCCUGCGCCGCCUGAGUGAUAAGUUCGGGUGUGUGCUCAAAGAGCACCAGUGGUGUGACGAUAGCCUCAAGGACAUUCGCAAGCUCAUCAUGAAGCAGUGGCUGCCUGUGGCUGAAGGCAUGCUCGAGAUGAUCAACUGGCGCCUGCCCUCCCCCUUUGAGGCCCAACCCAUCCGCUUGCCCUUUGUAUAUGACGGCGACCUCGAGUCUAGCACGGCCCAAGCCAUUGCAGCGUGCCGUGCCGACGGCCCACUGGUGGUCUAUGUCAGCAAGAUGCUGCCAGCCCCGGGCAAGUCCAAGGAAAUUAUUGGCUAUGGCCGUGUUUUCUCGGGCACUGUGCGUUCGGGUGACCGUGUUCAUGUACUGCGGCCCGAACACACCGCCGAGGCACCCGCUGUUCAAGCAGAGGCCACGGUCCGCGUUGUGGCUCGUGUCGGUGCCACCACCAUGCAAGGUCUCGGUGACGCCUGCGCCGGUGAUAUUGUCGGCCUCGUGGGACUUGAAGGCGCCAUGACCAAGGCCGGUACGGUCACAGACAGUCCUGCCCAGGUGGACAACAUCAAGACGAUGCGCUUCAGCGUGAGCCCAGUUGUACGCGUGGCCAUCCGAGCUAUCAAGGCCGCUAACAACAACAAGAUCGUGGCUGCCAUGCGUCGCGUUGAACAGCAGGAUCCCUGCCUUGAGUGCCUCGUCGACAAGGAGACGGGCGAGAAGCUUGUUGCCGGCGUCGGAGAGCUCCACGUCGAGGUAGCCAUCAAAGCCAUCGCCGCCGCCGCUGGCUGUGAGAUUCAGGCCGAUGAGCCCGUCGUGCAGUGUGUGGAGACCAUCUUGAGCCCAUCUGAGGCCUGCCUGGCCAAGUCCAGCAACAAGCAUAAUCGCUUGUUCGUAGUGGCCGAACCAUUGCCCAGUGAGCUCAUCGAGGCCCUGGACAGCCAGCGCGUCACCAUGACUCAACCUUUGUUGACGCGCGUGCAGUUGGUCACCGAGCUCACCGGCUGGGAUCGCAACAUGGCCCGCAAGAUAAUGAGCAUGUCAGGCACCAAUGUUCUGGUGGACUGCACAGUGGGCAUGGACCUCAGUGGCAUUGCCGACCUCGUCAUUCUUGGGUUCAAGCAGAUUUGUGCCCAAGGCCCUGUCACCAACGAGGCGUUGGCCGGAGUCUGCUUCAAGAUUGUGGAUGCCAAGAUGCAUGCGGAUGCCGUGCACCGUCGCAUUGACCAGAUCUUACCCAUGGCUCGUGCUGCGUUUGCCGGAGCGGUCCUAUCGGCCCAACCUUCAAUGCAAGAGCCCAUCUUCCGGGUUGACAUCCAAGUGCCGGCUCGGGCGUUGAGCGCUGUGCCCAAGGUGUUGAAGAACCGCCGUGGCGCCAUCUUUGAAGACAUGGUGGAACCGCGCUCCGGUCUGCACACGGUGGCUGCUCAUCUGCCCGUCCGCGAGAGCUUUGGGUUUGCUGGUGAUCUGAUGGGAGCAACUUCAGGCACGGCUUUCCCAAUGACCUCUUUCAGUCAUUGGCAGCUGGUUGAUGGUAGCGUCGAUGAUGACACUUCCAUGUGUGGUCGUCUGGUGCAAGCCACGCGCGUGCGCAAGGGAUUGCCGGUGCGCGUCCCUGUGCCCGCCGACUUUUUGGAUCGCUUGUAG